AUGACUAGUCUAUUAAAGUUAUCUAAUUUAUUAUUAUCACAAAUCAUCUCAUCUAUUGAUGACAAUGAAGAUAUAAUAUGUUUGUUGUUUACAUGUAAAAAGUUAUACAAUAAUAGUAGUAGUAUUAGAAGAUCGAUUGGAUUUAAAGGGAUAGAAGCAAUCAACGAGAAUGUCAAGGAAUAUAUAUCAAGAAAGUUUAUAGUAACUGCUACUCUUAAAGGAUUUAAUCUCAACUCUUUCAAAGAUGUAUUGGUGAAUGGUAUAUCUAAUCAUCAGGUGAUUCUAGGCAAAUACGCAAACAAAGAUAUUCCUCAAUGGAUACAACAACGUAUUUCUCUAACUGAUAGAGACAGAGAUGAUAUGAAAAGUGGCAUUACAACUGCAUUGGUAAACAACGCAACACCAACAUUAAUAGAGUCACUCUAUGACGACACACCAUCUCUCGAGACACUAUUCAUUGACGACAAACAGACUGUAGUCGAUCUUGACCGUAUCUCACUAUUACCUCGUCUCAAACAACUUGAAGUUCGUGCAAACCAAUUGAUAAUUGGUCAACACACAUCACUAAAGUCUCUAAAGAUCGAUGUCAGAUGUGAUCCAAUCGACAUGUGUCUCACCAAAUUCGUAUCGUUGACAGAGUUGACCUAUGUUAAUAGUUUUGUGCAUGAUCGUAUUGGACCAGGUCUGUUGCCAAACACUCUAACCUCACUCACUUUGACACUGAUGGACGCACCACCACAAGAUACGUUCCUUCCAUUGACAUCGUUGGCUAAACUAAAGAUAGACUUUCAAAAAAUUUCAAUGGAGGAUGUAGAGGUGGACGACCAACCAAUCAUCGAUCUCCAGUCUCUAAGCAGAUUUGAGAAACUCAGUUUCUCCCAUCCCUUCAAGAGAAUAAGGUAUAACCUCGUGUUUAGAGUCCCUCCUUCCAUCAAGAGUCUUGGAUUUUUCUCAACAGGAGCAAAAAUCGCACGGGAUUGUCCGAUGCCAUUAUUGGAGAAAUUGUUUGUCGCGCAAAACACAUUGAUUGAUGGAAGAGUCAGUCUAAUGACAUCAUCAACAUCUCUAAAGGAACUAUGUAUUUAUGAAUGUAAUGGUACCUUUCCAGCAGCUGCUGGAAAUAGUAAUGAUACUUUUAUCAUACCAUCUAGUCUUGAAAAGUUAACAAUCUUUAAACAAGAAUCUAAAGUAGAUGUGCUUCAACACCUUGUAUUACCGCCAUCUCUGACUGAUCUAACUAUCAUGGAUCUACCAUCCUCUUAUCCACCCAAUCUUGAAACGCUCAAUCUACUCGAUAUCAAAGGUGACUUUAUGAUUGACGUACCUUCAACCGUUAAAUAUCUAUUAAUGCGGUUGGCCAUACCACCUAAACCAUGGCAAAAUGAUAUUCUUGUCUUUUCGAUAACCUCUGGAUUAACCAAAAGCAUCAACUCUGUUGGCAACCAAUCACAAUGGUUGCCGAUCAAUACCACCCAUCUUACUUGCAACUUAAAUACUUUUGUCACACAUAUAGCAUUUAGAUUAGAUCAAGUAAUCAAUCACACCAAUGUUAGAUAUUUAAAUAUCAAUAUUUCGAGUAUCAAUUAUCAAUUUUCAAUUCAAAGAUUAGACCUUGAUAAUAACAAUGUGUUGAUAUUGGAAAGACAAACACUUCAAGGUGGAAUCAUCACUCAGAAACGAACAAAAUCAAUCAACAAUCAAAAACAACAACAACAACAAUAUGAUCCAAUUUAUUUAUUGUGUGAGGUCAUACUAAAAGAGAAAAAAACUCAAUCCUACAUCAUCAAAAUCAAAGACUUUCCUCAAUGGAUACAACUUGCAGACAGUGGUAUUACAACUGCUUUGGUUAAUGAUUUCAAACCAUCAUUGAUAAAGUCAAUCUCUGAAAUACCGUCUAUCGAGACACUAUUCAUCAAUCAAGAAGGUACUAUGGAUCUUAGUUUUAUAUCACUAUUACCUCGUCUCCAACGACUUGCGGUCAGCGCAGACAAGAGAUUAGUUUACCUCCAUCACACGACACUUGACUUUAAUUCUAAAAGUGCAUACAUCUCAACGAGAUCGACCCUACCAAAGUUGGAAAAGUUGGGUGUUAGUCAAGUAGAAUUAUUCAACAGUCUAUUGGUAUCACCUUUACUCAAGAAACUAGUUAUCUACAAUUGCAAUGAAAUCAUUCCAGAAAAUAAGAUCCCAAAGACUGUCGAAAAACUUACAAUCUUUAAACUCGUUUAUAAAGAUAUACUUGGACAAGUUAUAGUUUGGAAACCAGAUGUCCCAAUCAAAGAUAUCUAUAUUAAAUUUCCACCAUCUUAUCCACCAACUCUUGAAACACUUGAUCUCAUCGAUAUAAAAGGUGAAUAUACCAUUGACAAUAUACCACCAUCCACCAAGCAUUUUGCCUAUAUCCAUUCUCCAACAGUAUUCAAGGAUCUCAUUAAAAAUGGGUUAUCAUCCAAUACAACUCAUCUAACUUGCCUGGUAGAUAGUGAUCAACAUGGUACAAAAUUUAGAUUAGAUGAAAUUAUCAAUCAAACCAAUGUUAGAUAUUUAAAUAUCAUUCUAGUCGUUAUCGAUUAUUCAACUCGCGAAUAUCCCGAAAUAACCAGACAAACACAUCAAUUUACAAUUCAAAGAUUGGACUCUGACAAUCUGAAUGUAUUGGUAUUGGAAACACAGUCACUUAUAGGUGGUUUUAUCACUCAACGACAGAGAAAUGUAAUGAAACCAAAAUCAAAUCAACAAAAACAAAAAUAUGAUCCCUUUUAUUUAUGUUUUAAUAUUGGCUGUGAUUCGAAUGAAAUAUACAAUUAUAAGAUUUUAUUAAAUUUUCAAAAGAAACAAAUUAAAAGAGAAAAGACCAAAACGACUAUAAAUUAA